GGCGUGGCUGCACUUGAAUAUUGGAUGAAGGCAAUCAUAACCGAUCGAAUCAACUGCAUAUGCUGUAGUUGUAUUGUUUAGAACCUUAUUAGUGAUAUACACAUAGGCUUGAAUCUCUGUGAGUGAUAUAGAACAUCCACAGACAACGAAAUAUAUAUUCAUGGACUUGUCCAAAUAGUCGUUUAGUCGAUCAGCCGCCAUGGUAAAAGUUCAGCCGUCUACGGUCGGCAGAGGGCUGAAGUUCGCCUUUGUGGUGACAAUCGUACUAAUCAUAAAGAUUACGAGUGAAAGAAGUGAUCCAUUUCGUAUCGCUUCAAAUUUGACUGGAAAUGUCGAUGCGAAAGUGGGGAGUUUCAGGGCAAAACUACCGUUGGAGCAAACAUACGAUGUCGUCGACGAUAGAAGAGCACCUCACUACCGCCCGGGCAUGGACAGGCUCGAAGGUAAACGCAGUCAACGGAAGAGUCUGAUGGAUAGCUCAAGCUCAUGUGAUGCCGAUGGAAAGCUAGUUUGCACAAUGAAGAAUGUAUGCGUCGACCAUACCAAUAAAAACCGGAUUGUCGUUCUGAACUGGGUUCCUUAUCUAGAUAAGGCGCAUAAGUUAUUCUGGGAUUUGGGCGACAAGGGACAUCCGGAGUUGGACGUAGAGGUGAAAAAAGUGACACCGACGACAGAUGUCACAUAUAUCAAUGGAACAACACACUUCUUCCACGAGCGGUAUCGUAAUCGUUUACACCUAACGAUGAAUGUGUUUGCUAUGCGUCACUUCGUGGAGGAGCAAAGCCCCAAUAGAGCUUUCAAUCUGAUGCUAAUGGAUGAUUUGCCCUUCAAAUACGAUCCAUACACCGAGCCUGUGCUACAAAUGUAUCGAUCAAUAACAAAAGAAAAUAAGGUCUACUUCCGUGACAAUGCAAUUGGACAUCAGGGCACGAAGCUCACUUGUUUCGAACGAGGUGUAUUCGGGGCUGAUCGAGAGAUCAUUGUACCCGUUAUCAAGCCGGCAAUGCAGCAUUUGCACGAAUUUCUGGCUCACAAGAACAAAAUGAUUGCGGACUCGCAUGCUACCAAAUGGCGUGCUCGUGCGGAGAGAAUUCAAGUUCACGCUGAGACAUUAAAGACUGCAAUUCCGGACUUCAAAAGAACGGUUGUUGCAAAUAUGAAUCUUACCGAUUCCGAAUGGGAUCCUAAGGAGGCACUUCUGAUAUUCCGUGGACCGACAAUACAUGGUGCCCGUUCCGAUCCACCCUAUCGAGUCAUAGUGAAUGAGGAUGAAGUGAUCGGCAUGUUGGAGCGAAAUGGAUUCCACAUCAACCGAGUCGACUUCGCUGAAAUGACACACAUGGAACAAAUACUCAAUUCGCGAAGGGCAGGGCUCUUUAUCGGCAUGCACGGGGCCGGCAUGGCGAAUUCCUUCUGGACCAAUGAGAAGGCGGUUGUCCUGGAGUUGCACACCUACGGGUUCCAGAAAUGGGGGUACGAGACACUGAAUAACUACGCAGGAACGAAAUAUCUCAGUUGGGUCAACACAAAUGAAAACAACACGGUGCCCACUUGGCACAGCCAGUCGGAAAAAUACAAUAACGAUCCGGACGGCCGAAAUCAACUCAGAUCGCGCGACCAAUUCAUUCCAAUCGAAGAGUUAGAACCAUUAGUAUUAGAAGCAGUCAAGUACCUCGACCAGAAACAAUAACACAAGCAACUGGGCAAGCAAUAUAAACUCAAUAAGAUAAUUUAAGGUACAAACGUGCAAGAAGCCCGCCUUCUUUAUUAUUAUUUAAAUCAGUUAGCUUAGUCAGCGCAAUUUCGCUGAUAAGACAUCGCUGAUAAGACAAGUUUAAUAAUAAAUUAAUUAAAAUG